AUGUCAGCGCUGGACCAUGCAAAGAGGUCAAUGUUUUUGGAGAUUUCGGCUACAAGUUAUUGUCGCAACUCCGUGCUCAAAUGUUGGCUUAUCUUGGUGCACUGUUGUCAAAAGUUCCUACCUAUGUCAGAUAUCCCAGAUUCUCAAGUUCGUUUGUUCGUGCUUAGGGUUCAGGCUUCUUGCUUCAUUCGUUCCUACUGGUCUUCUUCGUUCCUUCAUUCGUGCUUAGGGUUUCUACUGGUCUUCUUCGUUCAGCACAUAGACCCAUAUGCUUACCCGCGUUGCAGCCCCUUCUCCUUCUCCGUGAACAACAUUAGGUGCGGGAACCAGAUCGGCGCCAAGUUCUGGGAGGUGAUAUGCGACGAGCACGGCAUCGACCACACCGGCAGGUACAGCGGCGACUCCGACCUCCAACUCGACCGCAUCAACAUCUACUACAACGAAGCCAGCGGCGGAAGGUACGUCCCACGCGCCGUCCUCAUGGAUCUGGAGCCCGGCACCAUGGACUCCGUCAGAUCCGGCCCCUGCGGCCAGAUCUUCCGCCCCGACAACUUCAUCUUCGGCCAGUCCAGCGCCGGCAACAACUGGGCCAAGGGCCACUACACCGAAGGCGCUGAACUCAUCGACUCUGUCCUCGACGUCGUCCGCAAAGAAGCCGAGAAUUGCGAUUGCUUGCAAGGGUUUCAGGUGUGUCAUUCGCUUGGGGGAGGGACUGGCUCCGGCAUGGGGACGUUGCUAAUCUCCAAGAUUCGGGAGGAGUAUCCCGAUUGCAUGAUGUUGACGUUUUCCGUGUUUCCUUCGCCCAAGGUUUCCAACACUGUUGUUGAGCCUUACAAUGCUACACUUUCCGUUCACCAGCUUGUUGAGAACGCUGAUGAGUGUAUGGUUUUGGACAAUGAGGCUCUCUAUGACAUAUGCUUCAGGACUCUCAAGCUCGCUACGCCCACGUGUGAGUUGAUUUCUGGUUUUUUUUUUGGAUUUGUUGCUUGCUGUGUUUGUUGAGUAAUGAUUGCUGGUAGUAUCUGGUUUUGGGUUGAAUUUUGGAAGUUGGGGUUGGGUGUCGUUGUG